UUUAAGUAUUUAAUCAAAAUUUUAAAACAAAAAAUACUCUAAAGUGCACUGUCUUAUCCUUCAUAUCAUAUUUGUGCCAACAUUUUAGCUCUGGAUCAAACGAUUUGGCUUAUGCAUUCACACCCUCCUUUAUUGGUAAAGAUUUUAAAAAAAUGACCCAUAUCGCUACAGCUCUGUAAUAACAAAAGAUGCCAUACAUUUGAGAUAACUAUGCAAGUUUACAGAUGAAUCUUCAAACAUUAACUGUUAAGGCAAAAACAUUGUAAAACGUAUAUCGUUUGUAAUUAAAAAGGAUCAAGAUGAUAGGCAUUGUGUUCAGUAACAGGAGAGGAGGAACGCACCUCUACACAUAAGAGUAGAAUCUUAACACACUUUUAGCUGAUCUACAACUGUUAUCUUUGGGUAAGAGACGUACGCCUUCAACACAACUACAUCUACUGAUGUAAACUGAUUUACCCACAGAGAAGGAGAGAUAGAUCCUUUACAGGAAUUGAAUGGUGAGAAAGUCCCUGGCAUUCAUGUAAAGCCAAGCUACUUUGCUACAACUUCUCGUCACUACAAGAGAUAGCUUCUGAGUGAAGCGGGCUCUCCUUUAACCACCAUCAUUCAGUCCUUUACAGGAAUUUCUCUCCUCUGUGGGUUUAUCCUUCUUCAGUUUGUGACGUUGUAACAAUAGCGCCCUCUGGCGAGAAGGAGAGUGGAGAGAGAGGACAAGGAACUUGAAGGGAGGUAGCAGGCCCCCGUAGGUUCGCCCGGAUUAAUUAUUCUCUAUAUAUUUUACUGCUUUAUGUGUCAGUGUUUUCAUAUUUGUGCUUAUUUGCGUCCGAAAUAAAAAAAAAAAGUUUAAAAGGCAAAUAAUGGCUUAUUGUUCUUUAAUAAUCCAAGACAGUACAGACAUAUAAAACUGGAGGUUCCACCGAGAUCUACAGAAACAAAGAUGGGAAACUGUAAAAGGGCAAAAUUUCAGCUGUUCUCAUUAGUUCUGCUAAUUGUUUCAUUCAGAUAUGGCAUUAUGACAGAAGAAUGGACUUCCCGCACGACACUGGAAGACACCGAUGACAAGGAAAAUGAGUGCAAAUGUAUUUUGUACCCGAGACCAAUUGACUGCGAAGAAGUGCUACAAAACGGCAACUCAAUGAGUGGAGUGUAUACCAUAUGGCCCAAAAGUAGAAUCUUGAGAUGUGAAACAAUAAAAGUAUAUUGUGACUUUGAGAUAGCUAAUGAAGGGUGGACGGUUAUACAAAGAAGAGGAAAUUAUGGAAAUGGUGAAAAUCUCUUUUCUAAAAGCUGGGAAAGUUACAAGAAAGGAUUUGGUGAUCUUCGGAAAGAAUUCUGGCUAGGAAACGAUAAUAUCUAUGCUAUAAUUAAUCAAGCAUCAUAUUCCGUCCGAUUUGAAUUACAGAAUGAAAAUGGCUCUUAUGCAUUCGCUUUGUACGAUAAUUUUUGGAUUGAUGACGAAAAACAAAAAUACAAACUACAUCUUGAAGAUUUCAGUGGUACUGCUGGUGAUGCUCUAAAACCACACAACGAGAAAGAAUUUUAUACAAAGGACCAACCAGGGAACUCUAGACCGUCUAAGCAGCAUGAAGGCGGUUGGUGGUAUAAUGUGCAUCCAAGUACAAAUUUAAAUGCUCUCUACAGAUAUGGCUCGGAUAAGCCAAAGUCUCAAGAUGGCAUUGCAUGGCAUACAUUUGGGGGAAGCUUCACAUCUUUGGCCUCCACUGAAAUUAGGAUCAGAGCUACUCCGUUCUAAUUUGUAAGAAUGUGCAUCAUUUGCAUGACUUCUUAUGCAUGACUUCUAGGAGUUACUUCUAGAAACUACAUCUCGUGAAGUUACUUCUAGAAAUUGUAUUUCUUAAAAUCAGAUUUUGAAUAAAAAGU